UGCAUGCUACCAUAACAACGGGUCAAGCGAGUAGGUCGGCCGUGAAUUGAACUUUUGUGUGAUCAACCUAACUUUACGUUACACUUAUCGAGGGAGGUUUUGUAACUGCUAAAUACAUUCAUAUAGUAGAAAUGUCAGCAAAGGCACUGGCAAAGUUACCACCAAUUCAGAGAUCGAGUCCACCUCCACCAGCAAAUAUCAAUGCUGUGAUAUCACCUCGGGCAGGUAAAGCUUUCAGUGGACUCCAAGGACCAAGCUACCAGAUAGGGGAAGGUGGCAAACACAAACUGCCUGAACCUCAAGCAUUAAAGCCGUUUGUAGAUACAAAGGCAGGAAACUUGGAUACAUGGCCAGCCCAUGCCACAGCUCAGGCUGCAGCCCGCCCCUCCCUGCCAUCCUCCCAGAGGCCAAGGGGUUCCAGUGCUGAUGGAUAUGGCAGAGGACAAAGCACUGGGGAAGGCGGAGGUCCGCAUCAGUCGAUGGUACCAAAACCAAAGUUCCUGGAGCAGUUGGAAGUCUUUCUCAAAAAAGAACUCAGAAAUGUGGACGGAGGAAGGGCAGGUCCAAGUGACACAAGAUUACAGGCAUAUCGGGAAGUAUUUGAGUACCUGAUUGAAGAUUUCAAGGCCUAUAAACCAAUCUUCUCUGCCAUCAAGAAUGAAUAUGAAGUCAUGUUAUCACAUCAAAGAGAAAAGAUCAGAGAACUUGAACCUCUUAAGUCCAUGCUGGUGACGGUAUCCGAGCAGUGUGAUCAGAAGAUCAUGGCUCUACGAGAAGACGAGAGACAGGAGAUGAAAGACCUGAAGAACGAGAAACAAGCUCUCCUUGACCGUAUCGGUGGGAUGAAGGAGGAACAGUUUUCAUUACAGAUGCAGAUUGAAAAGCUCCAAGAGAAGAUAGCUGAACAGUAUCAGAUGUAUCGUGAUGAGUGUGACGCUCGUAAGUUGCUCGUCUCAGAUAUCAACGACCUUCGUUACCAGCAGGAGGAUUAUCAGAAGGCCCAGGGUAACCAAGAGGUCCCUGCUGAAGCUAAGGAAGACCCCGUCAAGAUGAAGAUUGCUCUCAGGAAAGCACGGGAGGAUCUAACAGAUGCAACUCAGAGAUUGAAUGAAAUGAUAGCCAACUAUGGUGAUGUGGUUCCGAGAAGAGAUUUUGAAUUACUGACUGCGGAACAUAAGAAAUUGCUAGAAGAACAUGAGACUUUGAAUGGUGACUACAAUCAGCUGAGAGCAGAGCAUGAGGCUCUGUUGGAUGUGAAUAAGCAGAUCAUUGCACAGAGAGAUGACUUCUACCAAGAGCUUGAAAACCUCAAGAGAACAGCAACACCUAGACCUGACUGGGACCGCUGCGCUGAGGUGCUGGAAGGAGGCGAAGAGAGAUGGGUUCAAAUAUCACAAGGCAAGAAGAGCGAUCAACUUGUCACGUUACUCCUUAAAGAGAUCAUGGGAGACGGGGAAGGCUACGAGUACUUUGAACCAAAGGGUCUUGGUGAUGAUGUACCUGUGUACAUGCGAUAUGAAGGCAAGCUGAGGAAGAGAAAGAUGGAUGAAAAUGAUGCUGGUGUCCUCAUCAAAGAAAUAUGGAGGGAGAAAACAAAACAAAAUCAAGAGAGAGGAGAAGCAGGUCCAGAGCCUAUGGAUAUCUUCCUUGCCUCGUUCAUGAGACAGAAGUAUCCGGAGGAGAAACUUGCCUUUGAGUGGACGUACAUGCUGCUUAGUAUACUAGAAGAGAACGAGAAGGAUAACCAUCUUAUGCUCUUUUACAAGACACUCAUCGGAGAGAUGGAUGAAGAUGUUUAUCAUAAUCAGUUAGAGGUCUUAUCAGAGCUCAUGGCUGCAUUCAAGAAGGCUGAUGAAGAGGAAGGGGGACAGGGGAGUUUCAACAAAGAUAUCCUAGAGCUAGCCUUACGAGAGUUCUUCACCAUUAAAGAUGAUGAUAGCAUCCAAGCCCUGGUUGAUGCUGCUGUUCAAGAACUUCAGCCUGAAGAUGAGACUAAACUUCUCUAUGAAGAUCUCUUCACAGAGGAGGAGGACGGUACUGUUGGACCAUUUAUCUCACUUCUCAGAUCUCAAGAACAAGAAGAAAAGCUACAGUAUGUAGAUGACAUCAGGAAAGAACUGGAAGGGAAAGAGGAGAUUCCAUGGCGAGAACUUCAAAUGGCCAUCAACGUGGUCGAUGCAGAGAUAGACCGCCCUCACAUGGUGCAGUAUGUGUGCCGUGCGUUUGACGUCCCCCAGGAUCAGAUCACCACAGCGCAACCGACGACGCUUGAUGUCAUCGUGAGGAGACUACAGAAGAGUACGGCCAGGAGGAUCGGGAAGCUGAACAGUUCUGAGCUUACAUAGAACUCUCAAUCAUCAAAGGGAAUUCAUUGAGUGAUUUUUAAAGUACAUAUCAAUUACCUUGACUUCAACUAUUCAGGACGGGAUUCAUACAUGAAUGAUAUACACCAAUCAAACAAAGGCUACAGAGGCAACAUGUAACAUAUCUUGGCUUUAAAAUAUGAUUUUAUUCCUAA